GACGCGCAGUUGUGGAGACACGCGAUAUGCCCAAGUAAAGCUUGCGGUCCGGCAUAGAUCGGGUGGAGCGCAUAUCGUCGGCUUUCCCCAGCUUUGUACCUUCCUACAUAGUGUGUGGACGGUCUAGAUGGAAUGUGUUGUCGUGCUUACGGCAAGACACUUUAUCAGUCCUGAUAAUGUAGACCUUAUUUCCCUUCAAGUGUCUGCAAAAUUCAUCAAUUGAACUUCUUCCAAGUACCAAACUGUCAGCAUGCGCUCCAUCAAGCCAAGGCAUCUCAACCGACAUGCCUUCCCUCGUCGGCUCUUCAACUCGAGCACCUCGGCUCAACCCGAUAUUACCCCCAUAACCUCCCUCCUCAUAGCCAAUCGAGGCGAGAUUGCUCUGCGUAUAAAUCGAACCGCAAAACGCCUCGGUAUUCAGACCACAACGCUAUACACCGAUCCCGACGCAUCGUCACAACAUGCGGCAUGCUCGCCCAACUCGAUCGGACUCGGAGCCGCGAAUAGCUACCUCGAUGGGGAAAGGAUAGUUAAGCUGGCAAAGCAGAACGGCAUCCAGGCGCUUCACCCCGGCUAUGGCUUCCUGUCCGAGAAUGCUGCGUUCGCGCAGCGUUGCGAGCAAGAGGGCAUUGUGUUCGUUGGCCCCCCCGCCAAAGCCAUGACGGAUAUGGGAGACAAGGCGCGGAGCAAGGAGAUCAUGACUCAGGCUGGUGUCGCUUGUGUACCGGGAUACCAUGGUAGCGAGCAAGAUGAGACGGAGCUGUUGAACCAUGCCAAGAAUAUCAAGUUCCCUGUGCUGCUCAAGAGCGUCAAGGGUGGGGGUGGAAAGGGCAUGCGCAUUGUGGUGGAGGAAGGCGAGUUCCUGCAGCAGUUAAAGAGCGCUCGAGCCGAGGCGAGGGCAUCUUUUGGGGAAGGUGGUGAGGUGAUGUUGGUGGAGAAGUAUAUCGUGAGGCCGAGACAUGUCGAAGUACAAGUCUUUGCCGAUAAAUGGGGUAACUGUGUCGCAUUGGGAGAACGGGACUGCAGUGUGCAGAGGAGACAUCAAAAGAUCCUCGAAGAGUCACCAGCACCUAACCUGGACGAUGCCACAAAACUUGACCUGUGGGAUAAGGCAAGGAUCGCUGCACUCGCAGUGGGCUACGUCGGUGCGGGAACAGUCGAAUUCAUCCUCGAUAAGGACAGUGGGGACUUCUACUUCAUGGAAAUGAACACGCGAUUACAAGUCGAACAUCCCGUCAGCGAAAUGGUCACGGGCACGGAUCUCGUCGAAUGGCAAUUCAGGGUUGCCGCCGGGGAGAAAUUACCUUUGACGCAGGAAGAAAUCAUGGACCGAAUCGCAGAGCGAGGUGCUGCGAUAGAGGCAAGAAUAUAUGCUGAGAGUCCCGAACGAGGAUUCGUGCCAGACUCCGGAAAGCUAGUGCAUUUAACAACACCAAAGACCAACGAGGACAUUCGUAUAGAUGCAGGCUUUGUGGAGGGCGACACAGUGAGUGAAGCAUAUGAUGGAAUGAUCGCGAAACUUAUAGUAAGGGGACCGGACCGCGAAACGGCAAUCAGGAAGAUGGAGUUGGCCCUUCGUGAUUAUGAAGUCGUCGGCUUGAGCACUAACAUCGAAUUCCUUAAGCGGCUGUGCCGGUCACCGGCCUUCAUCCAGGGCGAUGUCGAGACUGGGUUUAUUGACAAGUGGAAAUCAGAGCUUUUUGAUCCUUUGGGCAUCAAGCCAGAAGUGUUCGUUCAGGCAGCACUUGGUAUGUUCGCUUCGUCACUGACGAGCUCUACCGGACCUCAUGGCACCUCAUUGGGCUUUGGCAUCAGUGCAAGUGAGCGUAGGUUUGCCUUCAAGACCAUUGAAGCGUCAGAGCAACAGGAGAGCGAGGUUGUAGAGGUCAGCAUCACCCAGAAAGGAAACCAACUCUUCGAUGCCAGGGUGAUACGGAAGGGAGAAGAGGAGCAAGACUUCCAGAACCUGGUCUCGGCGCCCACAUCUAGCAGCCGAGACACGACAACCUUAUCGACGUACUUCCCCAAUUCAAGGAUACAAACAACCGUCGUCCAGGAUCCGACAAAUGACCAUAAAGUUUCCAUCUUCCAGCAUGGUAUGAAGACAGAAUUGGCCUUGCUACCACCAACAUGGUACGAAAAGGCUCUGGGUCUCAAGGAGGUCACGGCUUCAGUCGUUGCGCCUAUGCCUUGCAAGGUGCUCAAGAACGAAGCUAGCGAGGGCGACAGGGUGGUCAAGGGGGCUCCCCUUGUUGUCAUUGAGUCCAUGAAGAUGGAGACGGUGAUUCGGUCUCCACAGGAUGGCGUUAUCAAGCGACUUGCACAUAAGGAAGGCGACGUGUGUAAAGCCGGUACAGUUUUGGUCGUUUUCGAAGAGGAAGGGUCCCCGGAGUGAUCAGCUCACAGAAGAACUUCAUACCCAGGACGUUGACUUGAGAUUUGAAACCCAGUUUGACGUACAACAAAAUAGGUAAACAAGGUGCAAAAGGUGUUAAAUACUAGGU